AUGUCAUCUCGUGGUGCCCUUCACAUCCCCACGAAGAACCCCUCUGGGGGAGGACCGUUCGCGACCAGGGUCCCCUGCAACCCAGAGACUAGUGUUGGUCUCCAGGCGGCCCUCGCAGAGCCCGCGUCGGCGCAUCUCCGCGUGGCCGAGCCCGUUCGCCGUAGUGCUCGUAGCAUCACCCUGGCGGUGAUGAUGACCGACCGGUGCUGCGAUGGCUGCACUUGCAACACACCUUACUGCAUUAUGACAAGCCCCCCUCAUAGCAUCACCCUCGACGAUUAUUCUCUCUUGUUAUGCAAGUUCUGCGACCGCCGCAUGGAUGGCUGCAUCAUCUACAUGUACAUGAGCAUGGGGUUCUGCAAGGAAGAGUGCAGGAAUGAGUAUUUUCUGGAGUACAGGUAUAGGCUUGCCAUGGCCAUGGAGGCCGAGAGCAGGAGGAUCAGGAGCGAGGCAAGGAAGGUGCCCAUGGCGCCGGAGGGAGAAGCAGGUAUCGGCUACAGGAGCAUCUUCUUCACUUGUGCCGAGGUCGAGUCGUUCCCUUAGGCUUAGCUUGAAACAGCCAUAUCUCUUUGUCGCAUGCUAAUAAAGCGCCAGCACUAGUGAAAUUUCUGUGUGACAUUUGGUGAGAGUUAUUAUUAAGAGUUCAUGGGUUUCAGUUCUAGCUAAGAAUUUCCUAAUCUUUCUCCUUCGUUACAUCAAUAUUUGCAAUAUGUCUAUAUUAAUAAACGUACGUGUUACUGUAA